GUUUUAAUAAAAAAAUUUUACUGCAUUUUAUUGAAAAUGUAAACUUUUGUUUUCUUCAGUUGAAGUAGUUUGUUUAUACUUCUUGAAUUUUCAGGACUGUUAAAACAUGUCUGGCUUUCACAGAAUGUCAAUGUUUCCUUAAGUAUCUUAUAUUGGAUUGUGUUCCCAGAGAUGGUUCUAAAAACACUUUUUUUUGUAGACAGUGCUUGUUUAUUGUCUGUGUAAAAACAAUAUUUGAAAACAUGACAGAAUGUUUAAGAUAUCACAUAUGACACGGACAUUGCCACGACAACAACAGACUUAAAUGGCCUGAUUUCUAUUGUUUGUUUUUAAAUUAGUUGAAUUAGUUGAUUUUGUCCAGAUUUUCAGUGUGGGACCAAAGAAGCCCCCUCUUCUUGUCUGAUUGGAUUUAUGUACUGAAGAUGGUUCUAAAACAAAGUAGUGGAGACAAGAACUAACUGAGAUAGCUGUGUUCAAACUUUCAGAGAAUCAUCUCUUCUUGUCUGGGACAAGCUCAGCUGCUGUACGUCACCAUGGCUGAGACCGAUGACCAACUGAUGACCCAGUGCAAUGCAACAGUCAUCACAGCAUUACCAGAAAACAGGGAGCCCACAUCGGCCGUGGAAGAGCCAAGUGGCACAACCUUCCAUCGGUUCUCCAUUAAGUUUCUCUUUAGCCAUUGGCCAGGCUAUCUGGCUCUUUUGGUCAUAGGGUUUGGCUGUCUUAUUCAUGGAAUUUACCAGCCUUGCACAGCAGACCAUCUCCCUCAAAAGAUUGCAUCCCGCGUGAUGCUCGCCUACUUCUUUGGGGAGCUGGUAAUCAGAGUGGAGGCUCUGGGCAUCCAGGAAUACUUUUCAUACAACUGGCACAGAUUCGACAUCUUUAUUAUUUGUGUAGAGCUUGUAGACUUCAUUCUUGAACUUUGUGAGAUACACCUAUCACUCUCCUAUUCAGUUUCCCCAUUGCGACUGUUAAGCAGGAUUGAAGAGAUGCGCAAGUUGGUGACCAUGCUUGUGGGGAUCCUGCCCAUGCUGGGAAAUGUAAUCWUACUCUAUAUACUCGUCAUAUACAUCUUUGCCAUUGUGGGAGUCCAGCUGUGGGCGGGGGACCUGCUUUACCGCUGCUUUUUGCCAGAUGAGAUGCUUGCAAUGUACAGCAACUUAACUCCGAGCUAUGGGUCUGUCCCUGGCGAAAGAUUUCCCUUCAUCUGUACCCUCGACAAAGGCAUGCGGUUCUGUAAAGACAUACCUGCCAGUCGUGAAGGCAAUCUCAUCUGCACGUUACCCGCUCCCCACCUGGAUCCACUUGCUUCGACCCAUAACGGUAGUCAGUGUGUUAACUGGAACGCAUACUACAACACAUGUCGUAUUGGUGGAGAAAACCCGAACUUGAACUCUAUAAACUUUGACAACAUCGGCUACUCCUGGAUUGCCGUUUUUCAGUCUGUCACACUGGAAGGCUGGUCUGACAUAAUGUACUAUGUGAUGGACGCACACUCCUGGUGGAGUUUUGUGUAUUUCGUCGUCCUCACAAUUCUCGGCUCCUACGUCAUAAUGAACACAUGUGCCGUUGUUAUUGCCACCCACUACUCAGAUGCCAUGAAACAUGAGCCUGAAAGGAGGUUUCCUGGAACCGUGAGCUUCCGUGCAGUUUGGCAGGGUAUAAAGGCAAGGAUUUCAAAACUCGUCUCAAGAGUGAGUAGCAUGUGCGCCCAUCAUCAUCACCACAUAAACGAAUCAUCACCACUGGGCCGGUGCUGGCUGCCUAUCCGUAGGAAGCUAGAGAUGCUCGUGACAGGGACUUACUUCAACAGGUUUAUCACAGGUGCUAUUCUGCUCAACAUCCUAACCAUGGCCAUCGAGCACCAUGAACAGCCUGAGAUGUUGACGGAUGUAUUAAAGAUCUCUAACUUUGCCUUCACGGGUCUGUUUGCCCUGGAGAUGAUCCUGAAACUGGUGGCCUUGGGGCUUGACUACUUUCAGGACUGGAGCAACAACUUUGACUGUCUCAUAGUUAUCAUUAGUAUGUGGGAAUUGCAAGCUGAAAGUGACAGCAGGCUGUCGGUCAUGCGCGCAUUUCGAGCCCUGCGGUUCGGGAGGCUUGUGCAUUUCCUCCCUUACCUGUACAGACAACUGAUGGUCCUGAAGAGGACCAUUGAGGAGGCCGCCAUGCUCUGCUGGCUGCUGUUCUUCAUUAUCUUCCUCUUCAGCGUCGUGGGAAUGCACAUGUUCGGCUGCCUAAUUAAGGGAGACCUACGUGAAUCCGGCAGCAAAAGCUUCGACAAGAUUGACGCGCGGAAAAACUUUGACGACCUCAUUUGGGCCAUGGUCACAGUGUUCCAGGUUCUGACGUUAGAAGAUUGGAACUUUGUCCUUUACAACUGCAUGGCCUCCACCUCACCAUGGACUGCCGUGUUUUUCGUGAUGAUGAUUAUUGUGGGGAAGAACGUGAUUCUCAACAUCUUGGUGGGGAUUGUUGUUGAGAACUUCCAGAACCAGCCCGAAGAUCACGCAACACUUUCAGGAAUUCCUUCGACCAUUGGCCGUCGCGCCACUUUAGCUUCCCAACUUGACCAACUGAACGCUGAGUCCAGCUCUGCUCAGAUGCAGCAGCUUCAAGUGGAAGAAGCUGGAGCUGUCCCGACUGAGCAGGAACUGCAAGCUCUAGGCUGGAAGCGCUGGUUCAAAGAGCACGAAGAUUGGUCCUUCUAUGUGUUUUCUCCACAGAAUAGGUGGCGUAUAUUUUGCGACAAACUGGUGUCCCACAGGCAUUUCAAAACGGGGAUUCAGCUCGUCAUCUUGCUGAACUGCAUUACUAUUGCUUUUGAGAGGCCUACCAUCCCGCCUGAUAGCAAGGAACGAUUUUACUUGGAUAAAGCCAAUGACGCCUUCUCCGCCAUUUUUCUCCUGGAAAUGCUACUGAAGAUGAUGGCAAAAGGACUGAUCAUUGGGAAAACCACCUAUUGCCACAGUCCCUGGAACAACUUGGACGGCUUUCUGGUAGUCAUGUCUGUAAUAGACAUCGCCAUCCUACUGGGGACGGAGGAGGGAUCCUCCAGACCUCUGGCCAUCCUUAAAAUACUGCGUCUGCUACGUGCGCUCCGUCCCCUCAGGAUGAUUGAACGGACCCCCCAACUGAGACUGGCCGUGGAGGCGCUGUUAGCUUCUGUUAAGCCCAUGGGAAACAUCAUUAUUGUUUGCGGCAUUUUCUUUUUCUUUUACGGCAUCCUGGGAGUGCAGCUGUUCAAGGGAAAGUUCUUUUACUGCCAUGGUUCCAAUGUAUCGAUGAUUGUCAACAAGUCGGACUGUCUCUCGUCCAAUUACGAAUGGUUGCUUAAGGAGUACAACUUUGACAACCUGGUUUCGGCUCUGAUAUCAGUGUUUGUCAUGUACUCCAAGGACGGCUGGGUUGAACUGAUGUAUGAUGGACUUGAUGCUGUUGGAGUGGACCAGCAGCCUAUUCCCAACUACAACCUGUGGAUGCUUCUCUACUUCAUCUCGUUCAUCCUGAUGAGCUUUAUAUUGCUCGACAUGUUCAUUGGGGUGAUGGUGGAGACGUUCCACAAAUGCCAACGGGAGCAGCGGAUAGCUCAUAAAUCCAAGAAAAGGCCGCACUCUGUGGCCGAAGAUGAGGGAUUUUUCCUUCAUUAUUCCAAAACACGUCGAAAAAUACAUACCGUGUGUAGCAGUCCUGCUCUGGAAUACUCCAUUACGACCUGCGUCUUCCUCAGCAUGUUUGUGAUGGGAACAGAACACUUCCAGCAGCCUAAGUAUAUAUCAGUUCUUUUAGAGUGGGUCUUCUACAUCUUAACCCUCUUGCUGAUCAUUGAAAUCGUGAUGAAGCUCAUCGCAUUUGGCAUUGUGAGGUACCUGAAAGACAGCUGGAACAUGCUGGACAUUUUUGUCGUCCUGAUUUCUCUAGUCAGCGUUAUUUUGGGCCAGUUGAAGUUCCAGGAGAAGAUGCCAAUCAAUAUGGGCAUCUUCCGUGUGGUGAGAGUCCUCAGACUUGCACAAGUUCUCAAGACCACAAAGAUCAAAGUUUUGCUCAAAACCAUCAUCAGGACUCUGUCGCAGGUCGGAAAUAUCGGUCUCUUGUUCCUGUUUUUCUUCUUCAUCUAUGCUGCGCUUGGAGUAGAGCUCUUUGGCAGCAUCGAAUGCUCCAUAGACUUCCCUUGCCUUGGCCUGCACCGCCUCAGCGACUUCAACAACUUCAUGGUGGCCUUACUGACGCUGUACAAAGUCAGCACAGGAGAUAACUGGAGCGGCAUCCUGAAGGACACGAUGCCAGGGUGCUUGCCUAAUGACGACAACUGUAACCCCUACCUGAACUAUGCUUCUCCCAUCUUCUUCACCUCCUUCGUCAUCACRGUCCAGUUUGUUCUCGUGAACUUGGUGGUGGCAGUAAUCAUGCAGGCGCUGGAUGACAGCAGGAAGGAAGGAAAUGGGGAAACACGGAUGAGAAAUAUUGUACUUCUCAACGAACCUUCGGUGCCCGAUGAAAUCUUCGGGGAGGAAAGCAACUAAACUCAGAGAAACCGCCAUAUUUUCUUUGUAUUGUUUCAGCAACUGUUUUAAUGUUAAAACACAGUUUUAAGGAUGUUCUUGCCUUGUUUCUGUAUGAACUAUACAAUGUUUAUACUUUGUAUGUCAGUUUUUACUCAAGUGUACAUAGAGAUGUCAAAUGUACUGAAGAAUUGUACAAACGCAUGUUAAAUUAUUGAAUAAAUGUAUUUGCCUAAUUUUGAAACAAUAA